AUGUCCGAGACUGAUGAUGACGAGGAGGAGGAGGCCAGUAGUCACGGUGGUGGAGCAGGACAAGUGUUACAGUGUGGUAAUACAGCAACACAAGCAAGUAAAAAUUAUUCUGAAGCAUCUCCCAGCUGUCAUAAAGAUGAAUGUACUCCUGGCACUGCUGGACCACCAAAGAAAAGGUUAAAAGAAUCUGUACCUGUUGGAACAUCUCAAAAGAUAACCCGUUCCAAGUUGCCAUUUCCAGCACAUCUGUCAGCCAGUGAGCCUUUUAAUUAUUUCCUCAACAAGACCUUCAGCAUAAAGGAGACUCAGGAAGACCCAUUGGCUCUUGUGUUUCCAGAUCUCCUCAACCCACAGCUUGGAGAGCUUGUAGAGUCCGCUCAGCUGAGCUUCAUGGUUGAUCUUGAAUUCCUAAUGGAGAACUAUAAGGCCGGACAAGCACACACAAAACCCCUGCUGGUGAUGUAUGGAGAGAUGGAGGGCGACCCUAAGGCCCAUUCCUCCGUUGUGUGUAAUAAGGUCAAGAUACCAUUUCAAUAUGGAACUCACCACACCAAGAUCAUGUUAUUUCAAUACAAGACUGGCUGUCGAGUUGUUGUUCACACGGCCAACCUCAUCCCUGAUGACUGGUACGAGAAGACUCAGGGGUAUUGGGUGUCACCUGUCUUUCCUGAGCUUGAGAACGGAAGAGAGAGCCUCCUAGAUGGAGAGUCGCCCACUCACUUCAAACGUGACUUGGUGGAUUACCUCUUAGCAUACAAAGUUCCAGACCUCACACGAUGGGCAAACCUCGUCAAGAAAUAUGAGUUCAGUAACUGCAAUGUGGUGUUUGUUGGUAGUGUUCCGGGCUAUCACAGGGGGGAGAGCAUGGACCGGUGGGGACACAUGAAAGUCCGUCGGGUGAUGAAACAACACGCAAGUUCCUGGACAACGUCUCUGCCAAUCCUUUUCCAGUGUUCCUCAAUAGGCUCCUUGGGGAAGGAUACCAGGUCUUGGAUGUCUGGAAAACUUGGCACGAGUCUUACUGGUGUACCAGGAGUGUGUGCCAGUGCCCCCAUGGUAAAUCUAGUUUAUCCAAGUGAGGAUGACAUCUGUAACAGUAGUCAGGGGUGGAUGGGAGGGUCAUGUCUUCCCUAUAACUCAGUAUAUUGUGAUCAUUGA